AUGAUACUAGCCAAUAAACCAAGGAACUGUGGGUGUCUCAAUGUUGUAAAUAGUGUGGAUUCCGAGUCAUCUCUCAGAGACCUGCAGAAAAGCUGGAAAAACAAGAAGCGUUUAUAUAAAAUACGUGAUCUAUUUUUAGCACAACUGGGUCAGUCAGCUAGCAAACAACCUGAAUUUAGUUAUCAAUCUUUGGACUUUUCUGCUUUUUUAAGACUAUCUAUCCUUGUCACUCCCUUUUGGACAAGAUUAUCAUUUAGAGUCAGCGAGCAUGAACGUCACACUGCAGAAAAGAGGAAAGAAGAGGGUAGAGCGGGUAGGAAAAAUAAAGUCAAAGGAAGAGUUUUGGCUGCAGAAAAGGCACGAAAUGGUGAAAACCGAGGAAUAGGAGUAAAUUUUGCCAAUUUUCCAAAGCUAUGUACCAUAAUUAACUUCAUUAAUCAUGUUUUGACUUAUCGUGCAUUUGCAUUUACCUAUUGUAAUGGCAAGACUCACUACGAUCCCAGAAUUGUGCGUAAACAAAUAUUCAGACAUAAAUUGCUUUUGUCGACUGUUUUUCGAAAGAAGCGUUUAUAUAAAAUACGUGAUCUAUUUUUAGCACAACUGGGUCAGUCAGCUAGCAAACAACCUGAAUUUAGUUAUCAAUCUUUGGACUUUUCUGCUUUUUUAAGACUAUCUAUCCUUGUCACUCCCUUUUGGACAAGAUUAUCAUUUAGAGUCAGCGAGCAUGAACGUCACACUGCAGAAAAGAGGAAAGAAGAGGGUAGAGCGGGUAGGAAAAAUAAAGUCAAAGGAAGAGUUUUGGCUGCAGAAAAGGCACGAAAUGGUGAAAACCGAGGAAUAGGAGUAAAUUUUGCCAAUUUUCCAAAGCUAUGUACCAUAAUUAACUUCAUUAAUCAUGUUUUGACUUAUCGUGCAUUUGCAUUUACCUAUUGUAAUGGCAAGACUCACUACGAUCCCAGAAUUGUGCGUAAACAAAUAUUCAGACAUAAAUUGCUUUUGUCGACUGUUUUUCGAAAAAGAAAGAAAGAAACACACAACAGAGCAGAAAGAGCAUUUCUUCUGAUAAGACGAGAACCAAAUUUGGAAAUGCGUAAAAAACGUUAG